UAUAGAAUCUAUCUAGUGUAAAGUCUUCCAGAAAAUUAACGCAUCAAACGUGUACCAGAUAUCCUUUAUAUAUUUUUCACUUCAUACAUUUAUAUUACUGUUCCCUAUAUUACCUUGUUAAUAAAUUGUGUAUAACAUCCAAUCAACAUAAGAAGUCUCAUUGGAAGUUAUCAUAAUUUUUUCUUACAUAAUAUAAUAUGAAGGUCAGCAAUUGCGUCAGAGUAUUACUUAUAUUAUAACAUGUACGACUACAAACAUCUCCGCGUCGUUAUUAUAUAAGUCGAUAACCACUCGGUAGUAUAAGUUGAGGAAGAGGAGCGAUUACACGCUGAUUCGUAAUGAGAAACUUUGUUCUUGCGAAGAAGAGAGACACGGAUAGAAAUGAUAUUGAGGACGAUUCUCCGACGACCUGUAAUCUCCGUACCGAAAAUCGUCAUCGUGAGAUCGUGGAUCUGCGACGAUCGUUGAGAGACAAGAUUAGUAAACACGAGAUAUUCUAUAGUUUCGAAAUUGUUUCCAGAAAGGAGUCCGGUACAUCUUACCAAAGGCUUCUCGCGGAGAUGGAUAAAUACUCGCCUCUUUUUUACGCGUUAACGUGGCAUGUUAACGAAGGAGUUUCUGGCAAUAAAAAUUAUGCGCCUUUGGAGAUAUUAAAGAACCUCCCGAAUAACACGCUCUUACAUCUAGCAGCUAAGGGUUUGAGGCGUGACGAAGUCGUCAGUAUCUUAGAGAAAGCCCUUACGCUUGAAAUAGUCAACAUAUUUGCGCUACAAGGAGAUUCUUCGUCCGGAGACGGUGACUUCGUGCACGCAAGUGAAUUGGUCGCUUUUAUCAGAGAACAUUUCGGCGACGCGUUCUGCGUAUGUGUAGCGGGCUAUCCGCAGAUGCACCCAAAGUCAGCCUCCAAGGAGCUCGAUUUGCAUUAUUUGAAAACGAAAGUCGAGGCCGGCGCAGAUUUCAUCAUAACGCAAGUGAUUUUCGAAUCUCAAGUUUUCAUUGAUUUCGUAAAAGAUUGCCGAGAGAUCGGUAUUCAGGUUCCAAUUAUACCUGGAAUUUUCACACCAACGGAUUAUGAGUGUUUAGAAAUGAUGGAGCGUGUUUGUAAGCUCGACAUUCCGGGAAAAAUUAAAGACGAUCUGGCGCGAAUGAGGGGCGAGGACACAAUGAUGAGAAAAUUCGUACUUGAAUUAACAGCACAGAUAAUCACGGAUGUGAUUGGAAGCGGAGCAACUUGCGGCUUUCACUUAUUUACGCUGAACAGAUUAUCGCUAUUGACGGAAAUAUGCGGUCACAUAAAUUCUUGCAAACAGAUGACCUAAUCUUUCUUAAAUUUGUUCAAAAUGGUGUCAACGGAUUUACCAUCGAGAAAUUUCCUGCCGCUUUAUUUACGUUUCUAUUUACAAAUUAUAAUUAAAGUCACAGAGACAAUCGUUCGAAUAAAUUUUGUACGAAAUAGAAUAAAACCACUAU